GUGAACGCACCACGCCUGUCUGCUCUCCAGUUUCAGUAUGGCGGUCGAGACUUGCGGAGGAGGACAACUUCUUCUGUCUUCUUUCCAUAAAGCUGCUGAAAGGCGACAGCUAUAAAACACAACGACCUUGGCAAACACGACUUGGACUAUGAUAGACGACGACAUCACAACUGGUGGCCUUCAUUAAGGUGUUCCCGGACAGAUAUUCGUGUUGGUGUGAUGCGCGGAGAGCCGCAGUCCAGAAACUCAACAGAUUUUUCCGCGUCUCCCUCCGCUGACUGUCAGUUAGCCGGCUAGCUGCUAGUUAGCUCACCUUUAUGCUAUCGUUUGCCUUCGGGUCUCUGUUGUAGUCAAAGACGUGAUAGGUAGCUGGUUUUAUUCACUACUUAAGACAAAUAUGGGAUAUCGCUUCCACUCGGUAAGCGAACUGAUUGAGAAGGGCGAAGAGAUAACAUUUGAGGACUUAAAUGAUAACUUUAUCAGCACUCACUAGCCUAGCCUAGCCUGCUGGUCCAACGCCAGAGAACGUUGGCCGAGACGUAUGCUUCAAUUAGCAUCUUAGUUCUACAAGACGACCUGCUAAUCCCAGAUUCAACCCGGCCCGGUGUUUCGAAGCGCUAAUCAAGACAAAGUGGACACUGAAUUGCUUUAGUUGGCAAGCCCAAUUUACCAACAAUGUUUCAGUCUUUUAGGUGUCGUUAGCGACUUGGUAGGUGUUUGCUGAAGGGAGUGGUAACUUUAGGUGCCUACACAAGGUUCCCUGUAUCAGGGCAAUAAGGUCCUUGUUAUAUUCCGUUAAUGUCACAGACUUUACUAAGUAAUGACUGUUGCACACUGGUGUGGUUUUGUUGUUAUCCCACUGCAGGCUGAGACGUGACAGCUCACAAAAUUGAUCACAUGCUUUUGUAGACAUUAGACUGACUGAUCUGUAGUUCAAAUAACUGGAGUGAGCUCCUGCUGCAUUGUAGGACUGAAGAGCAAGUUUAGCAACUAACUGGUUUCAUUUAUCAGCUUCACUUGCUUGAAUAGUUUGAUGGACGUGAGAGGCUGUUUGCCACACUGUCAGGGCUAUACUCAGUCAUGUAUGUCUUGACACAUGGCACCUUGGUCUGUACAUAGUGUUUGCUGUCAGAUUUAAGUGUCGUUAUGUAGCUUUAGUGGGGAGUCGGUGAAAGGAAUGUCUUGUCUUUUUUAUGUCUGUUGGUUUGAUUUUUACUUUAAGGUUUUUUUGAACACAGGAGGAUUUGUUGAUUCAAAGGAGCGGAGUUGUGUAAUCUGGAGUGUGUACAGUGGACAAUGCUGAUCAGUUAGUGCCUAGAAGAUUACACAGUUUAGAAAUCUGCCCGUAUAUAGGCCAUAGGUAUUGUAGAUUAUUCAUUGCGGAAUGCACCAAAAUCCUGCAAAUCUGGAUCAAGAAAACCUGUCUCUUGUGUCUGGCUGGAGUAAUACACUUAAGCCAAAAUCAAUGCCUUCAGCUCUGGCUGUGUUCACCUGCCGACCCAACUCGCACCCAUUCCAGGAGAGACAUGUGUACCUGGAUGAGCCGGUCAAAAUCGGCAGGUCGGUGGCUCGAUGUCGGCCAGCCCAGAACAAUGCCACCUUUGACUGCAAGGUGCUGUCCAGGAGUCAUGCCCUUGUUUGGUUUGACCACAAGACGGGAAAGUUCUACCUGCAGGACACCAAAAGCAGCAACGGGACGUUCAUUAACAGCCAGAGGUUGAGUCGUGGCUCAGAGGAGAGUCCACCCUGUGAGGUCCUGUCUGGCGACAUCAUUCAGUUUGGCGUCGACGUCACUGAGAACACACGCAAAGUCACCCAUGGCUGCAUUGUGUCAGCAAUCAAACUCUUCCUACCAGAUGGGAUGGAGGCCCGCCGGCGGAGCGAGUUGCAGCCAACACUCCCAGUAUGUACUCUCAGGAACUGUUCCAGCUCUCCCAGUAUUUACAGGAGGCCUUACACAGAGAACAGAUGUUGGAGCAGAAGUUGGCCACUCUGCAGCGCCUGCUAAGCACCACACAGGAGGCCUCGGAGAGCAGCUGGCAGGCUCUGAUCGAUGAGGACCGCCUCCUCUCCAGACUGGAAGUGAUGGGCAGUCAGUUACAGGCGUACUCUAAGUCCCAGACGGAAGAAGGGAUCCGUAAGGAGCUCUUGGCUCUUCAGGAGGACAAACACAACUAUGAGACAACAGCAAAGGAGUCUCUGAGGAGAGUCCUGCAGGAGAAGAUUGAGGUGGUCAGGAAGUUGUCAGAGGUUGAGCGCGCUCUCAGUAACACCGAGGAUGAGUGUACCCACCUGAAGGAGAUGUCAGAGAGGGGCCAGGAGGAGCUGAGGGAGCUGGCUAACAAAUACAACGCUGCUGUCAACGAGAUCAAAGAGCUCACUGACAAAAUUAAGGCAGCCGAGGGCAGGCAGGAGGAGCUGACUCAGCAGGGGGCAACAGAGAAAAGGGAGAUGGAGAUGCGAAUUGAAGAGAUGGAGGAGAAGGAGCAGGUUCUCCAGGCUCGUAUUGAGGCUCUGCAGGCUGACAACGACUUUACAAACGAGAGACUCGCGGCCCUCCAAGUGCGGUUAGAACAGCUACAAGAGAAAAGCAUUAAAGAGAACAACAGUCUUGAUGUCGACACGGUCUCCCGUGGACCCGUAGAGGAACCUGUCGAAGACAAACUGAACCUGGAGACGGCUGAGAGCCAAGACGAAGAUGAGCGGGAUUCAGAUACUGAUGACAACUGUCAUGUCAACAACAGUGGAGGAGACUCACCUAGAACCCCACAGUUGAUUGAGUGUCCGCCUGUAAAGCAGCUGAAGGAGACUGUGAGCUCUUCAAUACACAAACUGGCCAACUUUGAUGAAGUUAUGGACUCCCACCUGCAAAACAACCAAACUACAGAAGACAACAUCCUGGCCAGUCCUGAUCGACUAAAAGCGAAUCAGAUGGAUGCCAAAGAGUCAGACAUGUCGGACACUCUGAGUCCCAGCAAAGAUCGUAGCAGCGACGACACAUCAGAUGGUAACAUGAACGACCAGGAGCUGAACGAACCACUGAACAGAGUAGCUCAGCUUAAAACUGAGCUGAGUCGGGCCGGUUUAGAGCCUGGAGACACGGAGCAGGUCAUCCACCACCUCCACAGAGAACUUCUAGAUGCCCAGGAAUUAGCCAACACCGGCAAGCAGAAAUGUCUAGAGCUACAAGCUCUGCUGGAGGAGGAGAGGAGGAGUAACUCCAAGUUGACUGAGGAAUCGACCAAACAGAUCCAGUUCCUUCAGACUCAACUUGAGAAGCUGCAGGCAGAUAUGGAGGCACUAAGGGAGCAGAGGGAGAGCACCAUCUGCAGCACCAGAGAGGAGCUCUACUCCGCCCAGGAGGAGAUUCUCGUCCUGCGACACGCCAUGGAGGCGGCCACAGCUGAGCGGGAGCGAGAGAUCGCUGCCCUGCAGGCAGACCUGGGUAACGUCCGCACUGAGCUGGAACACUGGAGGACCACAGCUGCCAAGUACGAGAUGGACAUCAGCCGGCUGCAGGAGACCUUCAUGCAGCAGCAACAGCAUCAGAACACUGCCAGCCAGCUGCAAGUGGAGUGUGUUACCCUGCAGCAGCGGUGUUUGUCCUUGCAGAAGGACUGCGACGGCCUGAGAAGUGAACGGAAAACUCUCACAGAUAAACUGCACCUCCUGGAGGCUGAACUGAGCAGCACCAGGGAGCAGAGUCUGGUCCUCAGCAGCAGUCUGGAGUCUCUGGAGAAGAGGAAGGAGGUUCUGCAGGACAAGCUGGGUUCAAUGGAAAACCAACAUCUGCAGGAUGAAAGCAGAUUAAAGAGCCAGCUGGACCAGGCCCAGGCCCGAACACACACACUGCAGCGAGAGUAUGAAGAAACUCAGUCUCAGCUUCUGGACCUUCGUCAGCGUUAUGAAAGGACAGAGCAGGAGAAGCUGAACAUCCACGAGGAGCUGGAGCAGUGCAGAAGCAGCCUGAAGCUGCUACAGGACAAGACCACCUCUAGUGGCUGGAGUCCCUGGAUGCCGGUCAUCGCAGUGAUGGUCGCUGUGACGGCCGCUGUCCUCUACCCUAACUUCUCCAAGAGCAGCUCCACCUGAACCCCACAGAGCGCUGUGAGGAUGGCACCACUGCUUUACUUGUAUAAAGUCUAAUUGUAAAUAAUUGUAGAGGGAAUAUAAAGGUUGUGGUUUCUACAGAGGACUCUGAUACUUCCUGGUUUAUUUUGCUUUCUGAGGAUUUUUGUUGUCGUUUUUAUUCUCUGAGUUGUUGUUGGGCAAUUUGGGUUUUUGUUCUUCAAGUUAAGAAGCGUUCUUCAGCAGGGGGAGCUUCUUCACACAGAAAAAUAAAACGACUCGAUGUGACGUUGAAACGGACCCACUCGAUGUUUCCCAGCAGCCUCACACAGUCAAACAUUCAGCCAUCAUCUUAAACACAGGGUUGUUGAAACAGCUCUUUGUGUUUUCCUGCUUUAUAUAAACAUGCAUCGAGUUUAAUGAUUCAGUCCUCCAUAUUCUGUUUCUCCUCUUCUGGUAAAGUAGUUUUUAUUUACCAGUACCGAGGUUAAUCGGAGCACUCAUCUGUUCAUUCAAACGCAAGAGAAGGGACACCCACAUCGUUUAGACAUGAACCCAGGCUGCUGGUUAGUCUUCAUCAGUAACCGUCUGCUGGAAACGCCGGCGGCUUCGGGAAGUCUGGUUCUGCUCAGAGCUCUUCUGCUCCACUAGACCAGGCGAACUGUUUUUAUUUUUUUACGUUCUUUUUCAGGGUUGAAACUUGAAGUAAAAUAAAAGAAAAGUAGAUUUUUUUCCCCUUUAUUCUUCAGCUUAGGGGCACAGAAAACAUGUUUAAAGUGCUUCUGAUGUACAAACACCACAGUUUAGGUGUGACCACUUGAUCUCACACACUUGGAAUAUUUGACUGAGGCCUGUUGGUGUUACGAGUUAGAAGGAUGGUGAUCUUUAAUGGCAUGUUUUUGUCUUUUUAGACCUUUUCAGUUCCUUCAAUUCACCUUGUUCAUCAACUGGAGUCCAGUUGUUCCAACAUUGAUUGGUAACGUGUGAAGGUUUUUUAAUCUUAACAUAAAAAUAUUCAGAUUAUUGUCUUAUGAGACAAAAAAGUAACACUUCUUUCAACCUUUAGCUUUAAAAGCAAGAAAAAGCACAUUUUCUUGACAUAUAUUAAAAUAUCACAGAGGAUGAUGGUGAAAAUAAAUGAGUGGGUGAGUCAUUUAUCAUUUUUAAGAGUCAGAAAUGAAUUGACUCCUCUGGACCUUUUUGUUUGGACACACUAGCUUAAAUGCUGAGUGGAAAAAGUGAAAUGGACUCUCCCCUGCUGCCAUGUUAAUGAGCAAGGCUUAGGAUAACUCCAGAGUAAUCACAGAAAACCACUCCUGAUCAAACAACCCUCAUCAGUUUUCUGAAUGUUGUCAUCCAUCCCACCUCACAUGAACCAAAUGGUUUGUUUUCGGUGCCUCACUCAUCGACUUCGCUCAUUUCAGUCUUCCUUGAAGCUUUUUCCCUUCAAAUGUCAGAAUUUUUUUGUUUUCUUCCAGAGUAGACAUAAGAGCUAAACGGGAUCAACUCAAACUCUUCAGGCCUCUGUUGAAAGAUGUUUUUUUUAACGGACUUUAAUCUUAACGAGCUGUGUGUUUGUCGGUUCACACAUUUGGACUCUUGAGCAGCGUUUGUCAUCGUCUGUGUACUCUGUCUCGUCUCAGUGUUUAAAAAGAAUAAUAAUUAUAAUAAUAAUAAAUGACAGCGAACAAAAGAGAAAAAAAAACACUAAAGUGCAGAGAGAAUUGUAAAAUAAAAUGUUAUUGAAUGAUGUGCACCUAGACUUAUUUUGUUAAAGUUGUUUAGAGAUCUGAUUGGGGAGGGGUUGGAGUGGGAGUAUGUGUAGAGGAAAUGAUGUAAUGAAUAUGCAGAGAAACAUUUGGAUUAAAGUUGUAGCAAGCUGACCCACCA